AUGAAUGGCUAUUUGAGGAUUAUGAAUGAAGUUACGAAGAGGAGCAUCUCUUCAAAAGUAUCGUCGAAAUGGACGGAGUCGACGGUAUUGACGGUCAAGAAGUCGAAAUUCAAAGGUUAUUGCAUUGCAAUCCAUGAUAGAAAAGAUAUCCCCCAAGCAUUACAAGGUCUAAUGGAAAUAGAAAAGGCAUUGAAAAAGGCCACACACCCCCAAAUGUACGCUUUCAAGAUUGGAAACUCGCCGAGCAACUCCGACAGCCCACUUCGAGUGGUCGACCAAGGGUAUCAUGACGAUGGCGAAGGCGGGGCAGGGUUGCGACUACAGGGGUUAUUAGAUCGCACUAAAUUGGUGAAUAUCUUAAUUGUUGUCGCCAGAUGGUAUGGGGGCACCCCAUUGGGAUCAUCGCGUUUUCGAUGUAUUAGCGAUGUUGCAACAGAGUGCUUGCAGUUGGCAGGGUACCUCACGAACCGCCAAAAAAUAUCCAACGACAAUUUGAUAGAUUUCACGAUAAUAGAUAAACAAUAA